CCAUCUCAGUGCCGUCCUUAUAGUAGCUUACAGAUGUUAGCAACUCUGGGAGGCGAUUCUAGUAGCUCAGUUGGUACUCGAGGGCAUCCUCGAGUGACGGCUACAUCUGGCUUUCCAAGUAUGACUACAAUCAACCGCACUAAUCAGAUGCGCUUGGAACAUGCCAGCACGUCCUUACCGCAUAAUCCAAGGAAGAAAACCCGAGGAAAAGCAACCAGACCUCCUAGUAUUGGCCAACCAGCUCUGCCAACCAUCCGUAGCUGCAUCAUCGAAGCAGAAGGUGGUGUGGAGGUUGCUAAUAUUGACCUCUUGGUCUAUCCUCCAAUGCCACCAGUUUCAACUCAAAAUCAUUUCGGACUUCCCAGACACACAUACGUAUAUAGCCGAAAUGCUGAAAGCCUUAAGCUCAUUCUCACGAAGCUUGGAUUACACUUUGAAUUCAAUCAUCUUCCAAUUAGCACGUCUAUCCAAGAUAUCCUUGCUCAUGCUGUCACAAAAAUACGUGAGCGAUACACUUCUGAGGCACUACCAGAUAUCAGCAUUCCUCUCAUUGGCCAUGAACGCUUGCCCUUACAACUCCUAGGGUUUACAAACCGUGGAAGAGCAAACGGUGUACAUAUGUCUCCAAGGCUUACCACUAUGUCAUUUCCGGCCUCAAUGACUUUGCAAGAUCUUCUCUCAAAUACUAGAGACUUUGCUAUCGCUCGUUGGUCCAUUACACACCAAAACCGUUUCCAGAUCUAUACCAUUAUCCGCACAUACCCUUUCGAGGCCAAAUUUAGCUUAUUAGACGUUCAUCUGGGUCAAAAUGCUAUGGUAUCUUCUCAUCGAUGUCUCUCAAAGAGGCUAUACAAAAUGUUUGCACAUGAUAGCGAUGCC